AAGCUGCCCUGGAUGUUACCGGAGGACCUAGAAGGGAUUUCCUCCAAGCCCCAGCCCUUCCUGCACCAUGUGGCUUCUCUUCACCUUCUUCGUACUGGCAUCCACAGCAGCCCAGGAUGGUGGCAAGGUGCUGGAAGAUGAGGAGUGCGUGCCCCACUCACAGCCAUGGCAAGUGGCCCUGUUCGAGCACACCCGCUUCAACUGUGGUGCUUCCCUCAUUUCCCCGCUGUGGGUGCUGUCUGCUGCCCACUGUCAAACCCGCUUCAUGAGAGUGCGCCUAGGAGAGCACAACCUUCGGAAGUACGACGGCCCGGAGCAGCUUCUCGCAGUUUCUCGCAUCAUCCCGCACCCGGGCUAUGAGGCUCGCAGCCACCUCCACGACAUCAUGUUGUUGCGGCUGCUCCGCCCUGUGCGCCUGACGCCCCAGGUGCGGCCUUUGGCUCUACCCACUCGCUGUCCCCGCGUGGGAGAGCCCUGCCUGGUGUCCGGCUGGGGCCUGAUCUCGGACGACGGGCCUGAGAACCCCAAAAGGCCUAAACCUCAAGUGCGCCUCCCGGAUACGCUGCACUGCGCCAACAUUAGCAUCAUCUCAGAUGCGUCUUGCGACAAGGACUACCCGGGACGCGUGAUGGACACCAUGGUGUGUGCCGGUGUGGAGGGGAGAGGCACCGACUCCUGUGAGGGUGACUCUGGAGGACCUCUGGUCUGUACGGGUGCCCUGCAGGGCAUUGUGUCCUGGGGUGAUGUCCCUUGUGAUACCACCACUAAGCCUGGAGUCUAUACCAAAGUCUGCUACUACUUGAAAUGGAUCCGGGAAACCAUGAAGAGGAACUGACCCAUCACUUCCUGCCUGGGCAGCAUCAGACCUGGGGCAGGACUGGGCCGUUCCCCAUUGUCACUGAUGGUAGCCACGGACUCGCUCCACCUGAAGCCCAGCUGAGGUUCAAAGUUGCCUUUUUAAU